AUGAGCUUCCACUUCACUGGCGCAGGACGUACAAGAGCGCCUGUCACUCUCGGCGGCACAUCCACCGUCUCUGCUGAUCCAGCUGGCAGCGCACGAGCGCAACGUCUCGAACGUGAACAGCAACGACGCAAGCAGGUAGCAUCAGUACGGAUCCAGUCGCAGGCGCGUCGCAUUCUUCAAUCUCGUCAAGUCAGGGUACAAUGGCAAGCACAGUCUAAGCAGUUGCUGGAUCAGGUCGAGGCUAAUGUUGGCUCUGCCAACGCUCCUCUUGACGACCUUAUUCUCGCCACAAGAGCCCUGCUCGCCAGUCUUGGUCCUGCAACAAGAACAUUAGAUGAAUCGGAUGUUCAGCUCUACUUGCGUUGGAUCAAGCUGGUCUCACAAACCAUUGGCCAAUUCCAGCUGGUGUUCCUUCCCUUCAAGCACGGGGCGCAAGAGUUUGUCGGCAGAUGGCUGUCAUUGCUUCGCUUGGCUUGCAAGCACUCGCUUCGCUUCCUUGCUUCCGCAUCUGCCUCUCGUGCCUCACAACCAUCUCCAGCAUCUUCACAGUCGACACUUGAUCUCGAGAUCCUAUCCUUCCUUGGCCUUCUCACCGGCGUAGACCCCCGUUCGCCUGCCAACUCUAUCUCGCUGCACGGAAAGGACCACACUCUCGCCUCCUCACUCCUCGCUCUUCUUCUCGACUUCGGACUGCAUCGAACUUUGCGCGACCACAUCCUUUCCUUUACCAUCCAGCAGAAAGCAGCUGCCCCUAGCCUUGCGCCUGCACUAUCACUCUCUCUUGCACCUCUGCACACCUUCAAAUCUGCUGCUCCUCCGACCUCAUCCAAAGCUACAACGGCUGUAAAAGGCGUUUCUAUGAAUGAUGCGAUCGAUAUCGAUGUUCAUAUGAACGAUUCAGAAGGUCCGGGCUCCAUUCGUGACAAGGCAAUUCACUGCUUUGCUGUCGAGGUGAUGACCAUUCCUGCUCUCCGCAAGCGUUUACCAAUCAGCUCAGUCACCGAGCUCGCCAAGGAGCUUCCCUUCAAUAAAGUGCUGGAAUGGAUCACUUCGUACAAGCCUCAACACGCUAACGUGCCACGCGUGGAACGUAGCCAGCUUGCCUGGACGGGGACAAAUGAGGCCGAGAAGGCUUUGUCGCAACCAUACUUGCUCUCGAACCUACUGGCUUUCGGCUCUCAGCGUAUUGCAUUCUUCAAAGAUGGUGCUAGUCUCGCCAAGUAUUUGACUGCCCUCACCAAUGCCCAAGACUGGCUGGACGGCUCUGUCUUUGACCCAGCAACGGCCAAACCAGGUGCAGUUGCACUCAACGGCGCUUUGAGCAAGUCGUCGGCCACGAAAGAUGCUAGCCCGGAGGCUGCUGAGACAUACGAGCGACUCCACAUUCUCGUCUCAGAUAAGCACCUUGCUACCAUCCUUGCUCUCUCCAAUCGAUACCCGACCUCAACUCGUGGUCCCCUCUUCGCCUUCAUCUGUGCAACACUGAGCGCAUGGCCGCUCGACAUGCGAGAUCAAGCCCUUGACCGCCUCCUCUACUCCUCUGGGGCAGACUUGCAGGUACAGGCUGCGGCGAGGACACAGCAAGCAGAAAGGCCAGUGGGUCCUACUGGCACCGCCCUCGUUCGAGAGUUCUGGCGAGGCUACGUGCGUGGUAGUGGUCUUGCCCGCGCCCUUGCUUCAGCCCAUGACAACAUUAGGGCAAAGGAGAUUCUUUCAACACUUUCCGACAAGGGCACCAUUCAAGACUGGCCCGCGCUUAUCUUGGUCCUGGAGAUGCUCUCCAAGGUGCUGCUCACGCUUGGUGAUGACGAAUUCUAUUCGACUUUCGACGAGUCUAUAAAUGGCCGCGGUGGCCACAAUCGUGGGUGGCUUUCUCGAGAUGAGAUUCUCAGCAUUAGCGGUCUUUUGCGCAACGUGGCAUUCGCCAUGUACUGGUUCGAAGGCAAGGCUCCGUUGACCAACCUUAACAACGAUGAGUCUGAAGACGCUAACGAGCGACAACGCACACCGCGUGUGCCUGGUAUGCGUAUGACGUUAUUGUCGCUCCGCACACUUGUGACUAAGCUUCUCAAGCAGCUUCACUCGCGUGACUCAAGGCAUCGCUUUGCACCCGCCGACCAUUGGCUUAUGGUCAGCCAUCUCGAUCUCAACGACUUUAUGCGCACUGUCGUACUCGAAGAAGAGCAACUCAGCAGCGAACAGCAGCAAGAAGAGCAACCUGAGCCUAUCGAACAAAGCGCUCCGAACCUUGUUCCAACACGACCUUACAAUCGAGUUGAGGCUGCCAUGGACAGGCUACAGCAGCAAGCGCUUGCAAUCGAACGUGGAGAGAUGGAGUUCGAUGAAAACUUGGAAUAUGUGCCAGUCCAGCCGCAACCUUUGGCCCGUCUGCAGCAACUUCGCAAUCAGGGUGGAACGCGUGGACGCCAUCUCACAGCGCUCAAUCUUGCGUUCCUCUCUCCGCGUCUGGGGAUCUUGAACAAUGUCCCGUUCAUGAUCCCAUUCGAUGUGCGAGUGCAGAUCUUCAGGCAGUUCGUCAACAUCGACGCAGUGAAGAACGGAAUCUAUCGAGACCGAUGGCAGCCGCGUCGUGCCGUUCGUAUUCGCCGAGAACAUGUUGCUCAGGAUGGAUUCGUAAAUCUGGCUCCAUUAGGGGCUGAGAUCAAGAAGCCGCUCGAGAUCCAGUUUAUUGACAAGUUCGGUCAGGUCGAAGCGGGUAUUGACGGCGGUGGACUGUUCAAGGAGUUCCUCACAGCUUUGGUGCGCGAGGCUUUCGAUACCAACAGAGGAUUGUGGAGAGCGACGGAUGCUCAGGAGUUGUACCCGAACCCGCACACCUACGCUAUAUCGGGUGAUCAACUCGAAUGGUACACCUUCUUGGGCCGAGUCAUUGGUAAAGCACUGUACGAAGGCAUUCUUGUAGAUGCCAAGUUCGCUGGAUUCUUCUUGUCCAAGAUGCUUGGCAAGCAAUCCUAUCUCGACGACUUGGGAUCGAUCGACAGUCUCGACAAGGAGCUCUACAAAGGUCUUAUCUCGCUCAAGAACUAUCAGGGCAACGUCGAAGAUCUUUCCCUCAACUUCACCGUGACUGAUGAAGAGUUCGGUGUCAGUAUGACCCGCGAACUCAUCCCUGAAGGCGCCAAUAUCCCGGUCACAAACCUCAACAGGAUGGAAUACAUCUACCGCAUAUCGCACUACCGUCUUUCCACGCAGAUCCAGCACCAGUGCAACGCCUUCUUUACCGGUUUGGCUGACAUCAUCAACCCUCGUUGGCUACGCAAUUUCAACCGCGAAGAACUCUCGGUGCUCAUCAGCGGUACGGAUGAGCCUGUUGAUAUUGAGGAUCUGCGAAAGCACACAGUGUUGGGCGGAUACCACGAGCAGGAUUUGACGGUACAGCACUUCUGGAAGGUACUGGAGGACUUUGAUCAGCCGAUGAGGAAGGCUUUCCUCAAGUUUGUUACUAGUUCGCCCAAUCCUCCGUUAUUAGGGUUCAGUCAGUUGAAUCCGCUGUUUGCGAUCAGGAAGGCAGGGGAUGAUACGAGUAGGUUGCCAACGGCAAGUACUUGUGUGAACAUGUUGAAGUUGCCGGAUUAUGCGGAUGAGAAGACGUGUAAGGAGAAGUUGAGGUAUGCUAUCCAGAGCGAGGCUGGUUUCGAUCUUUCUUAA